CCUUUUCGUUUUCGGAGUUUUUCUUCUAUAUUAGGUUUAGGAUCUUAUUGAAUUUGGGUUCCGUUUGGCUACCCUGAAAAUGCAAGAAAGUGCAGGAAAGUUUCUACUUUGAACUAAUUUAAUAUUUUCCUUGCACUAUCCAGCAAGGAAAUAAAAAGCAUGGGAAAGUAUUAAUUUUCAGAGAAGAAAGAGGAUUUUCUUGCAUUUGUCCCGAAAUGUUUUCCUCUAAAUUUCAGUGGAAGCUCAAAUUACUCAUUUUCCUUCUUUAAUUUCUCGGUAGACGAGCGGAGGCCUUGCGAGGAAACCUGUGCAGCAGUUCUAUACCCGACUUGUAAUUAGGGUUUGUCUCUCGUUCUCAGAUAUUUUCGUGGGAGAGUUUCUAUUUGAAAGAAUCAAAGUGUUACUCCAUCUUUCUUAGUUUGGUGAAUAGAAAAGUUGAAGUUGUUAUUCAAAAUGGAUGCAAAAGCUUUAGCGAAGUCGAAGAGAGCUCAUUCUCAGCACCAUAGUAAAAGGCCUCAUUCAAAUCAAACAUCGAAAGCUCCCUUAGCGGGCAAUGUGGGUGCUGGAAAUGCAAAGAAGCAACCGGGGAAGCAAAUUAGAGAGAAACCCCAUCAAUCCAUGGGUUUAUCUCGGCUGCCCUCGAAUUGGGAUCGAUAUGAGGAAGAAUUUGAUUCGGGCUCAGAGGGCCCAUCAAUUAAUAGUGCGAAUCAAGCCAAUGAUGUUAUUGUGCCCAAGAGUAAAGGGGCAGACUAUGGUGAACUGAUUUCUGAAGCCAUAUCCCAGUCUCGGUCGAAUCCUUAUUUUGAUGGCUUUGCUUCUCUGGAUGAUGUUGUGCCUGACUUCAAUCAGAGAGUAGGCUCUUUGCUAUCUGUUAGAGGACAAGGCAUUCUAUCAUGGAUUGGGGACAAUAAUUUUAUUGUGGAGGACAGAGCAACCACAAGUCAUGAGGCACCAUUUCUCUCCCUGAAUCUGCAUUCUCUUGCAGAACAACUCACAAAAGUAGAUCUAUCACAGAGGCUCUUUGUUGAAGAGGAUCUUUUGUCACCAGAGCUGAUGUCAGUGAGCUCUGAGGGAGUAAAAGUGAGCAGCAAUCAAGAAGCCAACCAAAUGCAGAGAACUAGCAAAGGAGUCAAAAUAAUAGUCGAUGAAUCGGCUGCCUGUAGCUUUCCUGAGAAAGAUAAGAUUGUGGACAAAAACAAGGAGGUAAUGUCAUCUGACACCACUAGAAUUCGAAAUCCAGUUAUAAGCUCUCCUAAUCAAAGCGCAAAGUCGGAGAACCAAGUUAAGGAUAAAGAGUUUGGCAGAGCUGCCCAAACCGGAGAUCUGGAGCUUGCAGCACAAAUAAAUAAGGUUUCUGUCUCAGACCCUGAGAAAAAACAGUCAGUAUUUGAGGCAGCAGCUGCAGAAGCCGAGCUGGAUAUGCUUCUUGACUCAUUUAAUGAAACAAACAAAUUUGAUUCGUUGGGCUUCAAGGAGAAGUCUAGUAAUGCUCUUCCUGUUUUCCAACAAAAGCCUUCUAUGACUCCACCACAACUUUCAAGAAAAGUUGUUACUGCCAAUCUUGAUGAUGCCCUUGAUGACCUACUCGAAGAAACAUCCAAUUUGAUGGACCAAAAUGGUACAAACCCGCCUCAACAAGCCAAACCCACAUCUCCUGGCAUCCAGUGUUCUUCUUCCUCUCAUUCUGGUCAGGGUUCUAAAGUUUUGGAUGAUUUUGAUUCAUGGCUAGAUACAAUUUGACUGUGAAACCAAAAAAAUAUUCGGCAUUAUCCAACUCUGCUGUGCUGUAUCGAAUGAUGUUGCUUCUGUGUGUUUUAGGAGAUCGAGAAUUGUUUAAAAGGCCAAGCCUCGAGUCUGCUCCAGGGCAGUCUAAUGUAGUUCCUAAUGUAACUCAUGAAUCAUUGUACAAAACACUACUGAGUUUCAACCUUAUACUCUUCCUUUUGUAAAAUUUCUUUUAUAGCAGCUCAAAGAAUUGGAUUGAAAUUAAUGACUA